AUAAUUUUUAUAGAAGGGAUAAGACAAAAAUCCAAGUAAUCAUAAUGUAAACCAAUGUAUCAGUGCAUAAGAGAGAUACAAGUGACAAAGAGAAGGAUCAGAUAAAAAUGACAUUAAAAGAGUACUUAGCUGUCACCAAGGAAUUCAAGUUACUAGGUUUGGAAAAACUACACUUCUGACCAGCUAGUUGAGACAUUAUUUAUUUGACAUUUCCCCCCAAUUACAUUAAAAACAAAUAUAUAUAUAUAUAUUAAUUUUUGAGUUCUAGGUUCUCUCCAUUAUUCCCACUUACAACUAAGAAACAUGUGAAGUUAUGAAAAACAUUUCCAUAAAUCAAGUUGUAAAAGAAAACAUAGAUCUCUCAACCUAUGAAAAUAAAAACCUUUAAGAAAAGUUAAGCUGAGAAAAAAGAAAAGGAGAGAUAGUGAGAGAAAGAGAGAAUGCUUUAAUCUGUAUGCAGACACAAUCAAUUCCUUCUCUGGGUGUGUUUGGGGUUUUUCCUUCAAAGUAAUUGUGGAUCGUAAUCAUACUGAUAAUCCAGCUCAGACUUUUGAGGAAUUGUGGUGAAUGGUAGAAGGUGUUAUGAGAAAGGAGAAGAAGGUAGAAUUAUAAACUACAAGUCAGUGAACUUGAUAUCAAAUCCUGGAAGAUUUUAGAAAGUAGUAUUAAAUGGAAGGGUUGUGAACACUUAGGACAACUACAUGGCAUAGGGAUGGAAUAGGGGCCUUGCAAUCAGGAGGACCUGAGUUCGGAUGUGGUCUCAGAUGCUUAGUAGCUGUGUGAUCUUGGAUAACUCACCUAAUCCUGAUUGCCUCAGUUUCCUUAUCUUUAAAAUGAGUUGGGAAAUGAAAGAGCAAACAACUCUAGUAACUCAGCUAAGAAAACCCUAAAUGGGAUUAAAAAACUAAACAACAAAAUGAUCACUUAGGAAAGAGGUGAUCACUAAGAGCAUCAUGCAAAGGUUCAUUAACAUGAUUCAUCAGCAUGGGUUCAUCCUGCUAGAUUUCAUUUUAUUUCCUGUUUUUCCUCUGCAUUACUAGGUCAGAAGAAUUUUGUGGGCAAUAUAUCUGAUUUCAUCAAGAUAUCUGAGAAAAAUUUUUUGUAAUAUUCUGAUGGCCAAGAAAGCUAUGGAUUUACUCCAGGAUGAGAAUUCUGGAAAAGAGCAACUGCUUUAGUCAGGUAGUUUUAAAGCUUCAGACAGUUCCAGCUAUGUAGACAAUGGAAAGAGACUAAUUUCAAUAUGGUAGACCACUACAGAAUGUUUAUAUAUACACCAGUACUGUCUCCCAAAACAGAUAAAUAAAGGAGGUUUUAUCUUAGGUGAUCUGAGUACAUGCCAUAGACAAAACAUUACAUAGAUAAGACAUAUUUUUCAUCCACUUUUGUAUUCAGGGAAGACUUCUGGGGUGAGGGCUACUGGACAGGGCUGCUUUCCAUCUUUGGUGUCUACCUGAUCCACUUAACUCUUACCUGUGGCUCCAAGAAGCUAUAGCAUGCCCAGCGGCUACAUCCCAGUGAACUGUCUAAGCAGACAGGUUGAACCAGAUUGGGGUUAAGCAAAGUCUCAAAACCUAUAGUGAGUUAAGAGGGUUUGUCUACUCUGAGGAUGUAAAGACUUCCCUGCUGGAUUGGGCAAAUAAGAACAAUUUGUUCCAGUGGUCAUGAAGGCAGGAUUACUGUCCAUAUAUAGCCCUCUUACUGUCCCAGGACCUUGUGCAUCUGCAAAUAGUUGGAUCUAUAGAAACUUGAAUGGAUUCCCUCUUCUUGUUGGAUAUUACAUAUAUUAUCCUCCAUAACCCUGUUUUUCAAAUAAUCACUCCUAUGCCUUAUCUUGGUAUGGCGGUGUCUGUGGUUUUUAAAGGCAAUACCAAUGGAACAUAAACCUUGACAGCUUCUGAUUGACUGAAAAAGCAUCAAGUAUGGUCCUGAUGACAGGAUUUAUCUGGUGUCUAACUAUCCCAAUAGCUCAAUUCAGACAUGCUUAUAAGUACAAGGCUAUAAGAUAUGCUUAUAAGAGUAGACAAUUCUAUUGAUCAUAGAAGGCAAAAUAGUCUAAUGGAAAGAGGGAUAGAUUUAGGCUCAGAGUAGAUGGGUUUGAGGUUGGGCAAAUCACUUAACAACUGUGAAACUAAAAUCUCAUGUGUAAAAAGGAGAGGCUGAACUACAUGAUUUCUAAGACAUCUUUAAACCUAUGUUCUAUAAAAUGGGAAUAUCUGCUUUUUUCUGUAUUGUUGGGAAGAUGAAAUAUAAUGAUGUAAAUCACUUUGUAACUGUAAAUUGCCACAUAAAUAUAAACAAUGAUUAGAAUUAAUUGGCUUAUUUAUGGCAGCUCUUAUUAUUACAGUAGGAAAACUGGAAACUGCAGGGGUACUCAUCAAUUGAAGAAUGGCCACACAAAUUAUAUUACAUGAAUGAAAAGGAAUACGAGUGUGUUCUAAGAAAUCAUAUCUUUUUCAGAUAUUUUCAGAAAAACUUAGCCUCUGUGAGCUGUGGAAUAGAAUUAGAACAAGAUAUACAAUUGUUAUAUUAUAAUUAAAAAAAAAAAACCUCAAAGACUUAAGAACUCUUACUGAUACUGUGACCAACCUUGAUUACAGAGAAUUAAUGAUGAAGCAGUUAGCAGCCUUCUGACAGAGUAGUAAUACUGGAGACCCCACAACCAAUGUAGUUAUGUUUUAACUAGAUUGUAUGUUUGGGUUUUUACCGUUGGGAUGAGAGGAGGGCUAGGAGGUAAGACAGUCUCUCCAAAAAGCUCACAAAGAAAGGAAACAAAAAGAAAAGAGGAAUAUUGAAGUAUGGGUGGUUUUUUUUUUUUUUAAAUGUACAAAAGAGAGAGCUAGAAAGAAUCACAGACAAGCAGGACAGCUUUGAAAGUUGCAUGUUGAAUUUACUAAAUAUUUUAAAAGAAAAAAUUUCAUGAGCAAUUCUCAUUAUGUUCUACGAUGUAUAUGGAAGUGUUAAUUUGAUGUUUGUUUAGGACUUUUAAAAAAUCACCUUCAUUAGAAGCAAUUAGCCUUCCUUAAGAAGAAUUCACAGGGGAGUCUUUUAGCCAGAAGAGUCCAAUCCCCUCAUUUGUCUUUACAGCCCAUAGAGGUUGCUUAAUAUUUACUGAAGUGAACAUGAAACCGAGCCCCAGCCUAGGGUCGUGGGAUCAUGAAUUUAACCCCUUGGACAACUUAGCUCUCUGCCUCACCUACAAAAUGGGAAGAUUAUUUAAAAUGUUUAACCAAGUAAUUAUUUAUAAUUGAAUUACAAAAUAUUUAAUCAAUAAGACAGUAGACUAAGACUAACAGUCUGAGUUUAUCUUUCACUCAAAAGGGCUGUUACUAAAUCAGCUCUAUAUACAAUUUCACAUUCUAGCAUAUUUACAAUUGAAACCAUUGAUUUCAAGACCAUUAAAUAGUGUAAUUCCAUUGUUAAGACCUUGGAGUCAUAUAAACACUAAGUAACAGAACCAGAUCCAGCAAAGUGGAUGGGGGUCAGUUGGAUGGAUCAACUUAGUUCUGAUCCUUAGAGAAUUUUCCUUGGUGGUGGGACCUUCCUGAUCUCCCCCGUUCCACACACCUCCGCCUCAUCUGAAGGUGGGUGCCGCCCCCUCCCGCUCCUUUGGGUACGCUAGGAGGGCUCUCCCGGGGGGCGGGGCGGGCCCAAGCUGUCCAGUUCCUGGUUUUAAGCCGAGAGCACCGGAGCAGCCUCAGUCCGGAAAGGCCCCUGGUUCGGGAAUGAUGGAACCAGGUAGCUCGGCCAGCGCGCCCAACGGCGGCCAGAAGCCGCUCCUCUGCCUCUUUUUCCUCCGCCAGUUGCUGCUCCAGAUGUUGCAGCUGCAGAGCUCCUGCGCCCGGACCACAAGGCAGCCCCACAUUGUCUUCGUGCUCGCUGACGACCUGGGCUGGAACGACGUGGGCUACCACGACUCCAACAUCUUUACCCCGCACCUGGACACUCUGGCGGCCGGCGGGGUCCGGCUGGAAAACUACUACACACAGCCCCUGUGCACGCCGUCCCGGAGCCAGCUCCUGACAGGCCGCUACCAGAUCCAUACAGGUUUACAGCAUCAGAUAAUCUGGCCCUGUCAACCCAGUUGCUUACCCCUCGAUGAAAAGCUGCUGCCUGAACUUCUCCAGGAGGCUGGCUAUGUCACCCACAUGGUUGGAAAGUGGCAUCUGGGCAUGUUCCGAAAAGAAUGUCUUCCAACACGUAGGGGAUUCGAUACCUUCUUUGGGUAUCUCUUAGGUAGUGAAGAUUACUACUCCCAUAAACGCUGUGUACACAUUGAUGCCCUGAAUGUCACCCGGUGUGCUCUUGAUUUUAGAGAUGGAGAAGAUGUUGCAGAAGGAUACAACAAUACAUAUUCAACAAAUAUAUUUACAGAAAAGGCUGUAGACCUUAUUGCUAAACAUCCAGCUCAGAAGCCUCUGUUUCUCUACCUCGCCCUACAGUCUGUCCAUGAGCCCCUGCAGGUCCCAGAGGAAUAUCAGCAGCUAUAUGACUUUAUCCAAGACAAGAAGAGGCGUUCUUAUGGAGGAAUGGUGACCCUUAUGGAUGAAGCUGUGGGAAAUGUCACAAGAGCUCUGAACAAGUAUGGGCUCUGGAACGACACAGUGUUCAUCUUCUCCACAGACAAUGGUGGACAGACUUUGGCAGGAGGCAACAACUGGCCACUCAGAGGAAGAAAAUGGACACUAUGGGAAGGUGGAAUUCGAGGUGUGGGCUUUGUAGCCAGCCCCUUACUGAAACAGAAAGGAGUGCAAAGCCGGGAACUCAUCCACAUUUCUGACUGGCUCCCUACUCUAGUCAACCUUGCUGGCGGACAUACAAAUAGCACAAAACCCCUUGAUGGCUUUGAUGUGUGGAAGACUAUCAGUGAAGGAAACCCUUCCCCCCGGAUGGAGCUGCUGCAUAACAUAGACCCAGGCUUUGUAGACAUAUCGCCAUGUCCAGAAAGCACUAGGCCUCCCUCCAAGAGUGAUUCCUUUUCUACAACACAUUCUACCUUCAAUGUUUCUAUCCAUGCAGCAAUUCGAUAUGGAAACUGGAAACUACUGACUGGCUACCCAGGCUGUGAUUAUUGGUUUCCACCUCCAGAAUUAUCCAAUAUCACAAAGCAACCAUCACCUGACUCACUAAACAAAAACCUCUGGCUUUUUGAUAUACAAGAAGACCCUGAAGAGAGAUAUGACCUAUCCAGUAAACAUCCCAGUAUCGUUAAGAAGCUUCUGGGCCGGCUCCAAUAUUACCAGAAGAGCUCUGUACCAGUAUUCUAUCCUGAUGAAGAUCCCCACUGUGAUCCCAAAGCAACUGGAGUUUGGGGACCAUGGAUGUAGCAUGCUAAUCAGCUCUCAAAUUGGAAGAUUGCCUCUCAGAUUGAGGUUGCAGCCUCAGGAGUCCAAAGUCAUGUGAUUUUCACCCCAUUUGUUCUGCCCCAAUUCAAGGAGCUUCAUUGACUCUUCUCAGUCCUUAACUAUAAUGUGGGGUCCCUGAUUCCAGCCUCAAGUGCACCUAAGAAACAGAUAUAUUAAGGAACAUAAACUCUUGCAUUUCUUUGACUGGAAGAGAUUAUAAAAGCAAAGGUUCAUCCUUUCUUUCCUGAGCUUCAGGACAACUAAGAAACUUUACUUCAGAUAAGAAGUUCUAAUUGAGUCCCUCAGUCAGGGAGCAGCCUGCUAAAUUCACCCAGCAAGUCAGAUGCUAGAUUUUGCUUUUGCCAAAAGCUAGAUUUUAUUGUAGAGUGACUCACAUUUCAUGCAAUAAAUGAAAGGAGCAGACAAUUAUUCACAGAUAACACUGGCAAAAAUCUGUCUCUCAGUUUCUGUCUCUCCCUUUCCCUCCUCUAAUUCUUUUCUCUUGCCUUCCCCCCUCAACCCUAACUUAUUAUUCCUCCUCCUUCAUUUCUUUCCCUCCCUCCCUUUCUCUUUCUCUCCUACUCUUCUCAUGGUGUCUAGCAGUUUCCACCAAAAUACUUUUUUUUAAUCUUUCUCCCCUACCCAUCUUAUGCUGUGAUAACUCAUUGCAUUAUUUAUAUAUGAGCUACAAGUGGAUCAUAGUCUGCUUCUCUAAUUCUUUUGGGUAGGAUGGUUUUCCCAAUCCUUGCUCAUUCUUUUAGGAUUUUUUGUUACUUCAUAUGGAUCCUUCUUCCUACCCAUAGUUUCCUUAUCUUUAAAAAUUAGAGGGUUAUAUAGCCUCUAAAGUGUUAAAUCUAUAAUCCUAUCUACCUAUCCAUUAACAGGGUGGUAGGAGUUCUCCUUUUGGAUAGACUGUUACCCUGUAUUCUAAACAGCAGAAAGAUUUUUUUUUCAGUAGUGUAUUACUUUUCCAAAUACAGAUAGUUUUCAAUAUUCAUUUUUGUAAGAUUUUGUGUUCCAAAUUUUUCUCCCUCCUCCCCUUAUGUCUUCCCUCCCCAAGACAGUAAGCAAUCCGAUAUAGAUUAAAUAUGUACAAUUCUUUUAAACAUAUUUCCAUAUUUGUCAUAUUGUACAAGAAAAACCAGACCAAAAGGGAAAAAAACAUAAGAAAAAAAUAAACAAAAAGGUAAAAAUACUACACUUUCAUCCACAUUCUCCAUAUUUUUUCUGGAUCUGAUUGGCAUUUCCAUCCUAAAUCUUUUGGAAUUGCCUUGAAUCUUCACAUUGCUGAGAAGAGCCAAGUCCAUCACAGUUGAUCAUCACAUAAUCUUGUUGUUAUUGUGUACAAUGUUUUCUUGGUUCCAGAAAAAGAUUUUCAAGCCGUGCUAAUCACUCUAUCCCUUUCCUCCAGAUGAAUCAUAUUUCUGUGGCAUGAAACACAGUAUUAUUGAAUAUUACUGACACUACCACCCGUGGUCCCAGACAGUGGACAAGCUUGGCUCUGGAUUGUUUUUACUUAAGCUCCAUUUUUGCCAUAAACAGAAAGGGUUUUAAACAAUGAUGACCACUUUCCAACUAGGUCAUUGACUUAAUACGUUUUUCCAAGUCAGCUUCUUAUGGAUACAAACUAGAUUCUAGCCCAUUAUUCUUGGGCUUCAUAUUCUAGUGAGGGUGGCCAUACUAGCACUUGAGAAUUGGUACCAGUUCCAGAAAUACAAGGGAGGUGGGAGCUGGGAUUGUGGAGAUGGCUGACCUCAGAAAGCCCUGGUCAGUGCUGAUGGCCCAAGGCUUAGAUAAAGCAAAGGAAUGGUGAAUCUACAAGCUUCUCUAAUCUCAUGCUUGUAACCAGAGUCUAUGAGUGAGAAAGGAAAGGAAGCCUCAUGCUUCAGCAUUUAACUGCUGUUCUGCCUGCCUGGGUCAGAGUGGUUGCAUUUUCAGGGCCCAGAAACAUCUUGAGAAAACAUUUCUAACUUUUUCUUGACAUUGCUUUAACGAAUGAAGAUGAUGCGAGGUCAUCAGCCUAAAUUUAAACUCAAAAACUUGAUGAAAAUGACCUACGUGCUCAGAGGAUGCUUUUCCAGGGUUGAAGCUGUUACUUAAAUCUCAAUGAAGUAUCUCAUCAUUCAAUAGCCAGGUAAUUAUGUCCCUAUUACAAGUUAAGAAAAGGUAGGGGAGAUACAGAUGGAAAAUCUCAAUGUCUUCCUCCUUGCCAAAUUCUUUUUACUACCCACCCACUUAUUGCUACCCUCCUAUCAGGAAGGUGAAAGAUUUAUACUGAGGAAAAAGAAGGCAACAGCUGCUACAAGAGCCCCAAGAAGGGUACCAGCCUCUCUCCCACUCAGAGGCUUUUGAACAGGUGUCCGGCUUGUCCGUUUUAUUGUUUUUUAUGGGAAGAAUGGGAAGAAGUCUCAAAUUCUUUGUGGCAGUGUAGCUCUAGGGAUUGUGGAGGUCUCAGUAUUUGUGUGUUCCAGGGGGAUGUCUGAUGUGUUGGGCUGUGCAAUGAAUGCCUUUAGGUCUCAAGCACAGAAUAGAUUUAAAAAAUGGGGAAUAUAGUGUUAUGAGGUCCAUAUCAGAGAUCUUCUUGACAACACUUUCUGAGUUCUUCUCACUUCUCUCCUAUAUACCUGUUGUCCUGACACACCUUUGUCCACCAAGAAAAAAAGUCAGCCAUCACAUUUUUACCACUUUGUCUAUUUCUGCAGAAGGGAACAGAAAUUGAAAUUAAAAAAAUUAAAUUUCAUGAAAAUCACUGGAUAUCUUUAUAUUCAAGGCACUAUUUUCUGGUCAUAUUAAUGCUUAUUCUGUCAAAAUUCCCUGAAAGGAAAAGGAUUUAUAGCCCAUUGCCAUCUUUCAUUCCAGAUUGUAGGUUUUUUAAAUCUAGUUUCUUUAUUGCCAUUUAGCAUUUCAACAUGUCAUAAACAAAAAGAUAUUUAGGAGGAAAUGUAAUUUAUCUGGCAGAUGGUAAGUUUGUGUAAAUAAACUUGCUUAUAGUAUUUAGGUUAAGGCUAAGAAGGCCUAUGGGUGUUAGCUAGUGGCCUUUAGUCUCCCCAGGUAGAAGUUUGCAGAUUUCCUUAAUAAAUAGGAACAGAGAUAUCUCCCCAGAGUAGCUUUUAUAAGAAAAAUCUCAUUUUUAAUCCCAUGGGACUCUGUCAUUUAUUAAUCAUGUGAUCAUAGAUAAAUCACUCUCAGUUUUUUCACUUUAAUUGAGAACAAUGACCCAACUUGCCUACCUCAAAGGAUUGUUGUAAGAAUUCAGUCAAUCAGCCAGUACAUUUAUGGAGUACCUAUUAUGUGCCAAGAACAAUGCUAGGUGCUGGGAAUAAAAAUAAAAAGAAUAAAACAGUUUCUAUUCUCAAGAAACAUGCAUCCACUGGGAAGAGAACAUGCACACACAUAUAUGUAACAUAUGUAGAUACAGAAUAAAUGAGAUGAUGUAUGUGAGUGUGCUUCUAUGUAAAAUGAUCUACAAAUGCAAAUCACCAUGAUUUGGGCCUUAGAUCUUUAGCCAUAAUGAAUACCUAGAUAAUCUUAAGAUCUAUAAGAAUUAUGAAUGAAUAUGAAAGUAUUGACUACAAAUACUAAUAUUGUUUUCUUAUGAAAUUGUUCACUUUUGAGAAAUAUGAUUUGUUGGAAUGUUUUAUUUAUCAAAUAUAUGGAUUUACCUGGUUUGAGAGCAAAAUAAAGUGAAUUAUCUUUUUAAAUGUAAAA